AUGUCAGUCGCCGGCUUCGUUUCAACCUUUACUGGAACUGCCCUUUCGUCGCGGACACGAUGUGAUAGCUCCGCGCUUUCCCCCGCAAAGACAUCGAAGAGGAUGCAUAUGUCGAUAUCGAAGCGCGAAGCCCGUCGCAGUAUCAUCAAAUCAGAUAAUUUUAAUCGGUCGGGCUUCAAAGAGUCGCGGGAAGAAGCAAAGGGUUUGAUGAAUCGAGAAUUUACUUCUGACCUCGUCAAGGAGCUUUUAGCUCACAGCAACAUCGUGUCGCGUGGAAAGGUAACCGUCAAACUCGCAAAGGCGUAUGGGUUUUGUUGGGGUGUUGAACGUGCCAUAGCGAUCGCAUACGAAGCUCGCGCCAAGUUCCCCGACAGGCGAAUUUGGAUCACUAAUGAGAUUAUUCACAACCCCAUCGUGAACCAGCGCAUGAAGGAGAUAGGCAUUUAUUCUGUCCCUCAGGAGGGGCUACAGAAAGACCUGUCUGGUAUUGAGCAGGGUGAUGUCGUCGUGCUCCCGGCGUUUGGCGCAACUCUAGAGGAGAUGAAGUAUAUCAACGAUUUAGGCGUUGAAAUUGUGGACACCACGUGUCCAUGGGUGAGUAAGGUUUGGCAUGCGCUUGAUCGCCACCAAAAGAAGGAAUGCACCUCUAUCAUCCAUGGGAAAUGGAAGCACGAAGAAACGAUUGCUACCGCCUCCUUUGCUGAAAAGUAUCUCGUUGUUCUCAACAUGGAUGAAGCAGAGUAUGUCGCCAACUAUAUACUCAAUGGAGGCGACAAAGCCGAGUUCCUUGCUAAGUUUGAGAACGCCAAGAGCGAGGGCUUUGACCCGGAUACAGACUUGAACGCGGUAGGGGUUGCUAAUCAGACCACGAUGCUCAAAUCAGAAACGACUGCCGUUGCCAAGUUGUUUGAGAAGGUAAUGCUCAGGAAAUUUGGUCCUACCGAUCUCAAUUCUCAUUUUGUCGCGUACGAUACCAUCUGUAACGCUACUCAGGAACGGCAAGAUGCCAUGUAUGACCUUCUUGCAGAAAAGGAAAGCCUAGAUUUAAUGCUUGUUGUCGGGGGUUUCAACUCAUCAAACACUAGUCAUUUGCAGGAAAUCGCAGAGCACGCCGGCGUGCCGUCGUUUUGGGUUGACCGCCCCGAGCGCGUUGGACCAGGAAACAGGAUUUACUGCCGCUCGGCAAGUGGAGAAGAGCGGCUCGUAGAAGAUUGGUUGCCCGAGCGUGAGAUCACUGUUGGUUUAACCUCCGGCGCCUCGACACCCGACAACGUCGUGGAAGAUGUGCUCGAACGAGUGUUUAUGAUCUCGAAGCUAGCGGAGGCGAAAGUUUUAGCUUGAGUAACUAGAAGUUUACCGGCAAUGGUUUUGCACCUGGUAGGUCUUCCUUGCAGAAAAACAACUCAACCGGCAGGGUGAAUAUUCUCAAGAAUGCCACUCCGCAGACUGAGUCGAGAUAGGCGACCCAUAUGUCUUCUUUAAAAACUGAUAUCGUAGUUGUAUUCUAAGAUAAACGAAAUCGCGGAGCGCUGUUUUUGAAACGCUCUCUUGCG